CAAGAUUAUAUGUACGUUAGCCAUUGGGUAUAGUGCCAGUCUGCAUCGAUUGGAACAAAGACGAGUUCCUUGCGCCUGAAAAUGUCAGGCCUUGCUCGCAAAAAUGGCGAUUAUGAGCAGUUUUACCGUGAGGCAACGGAAAAUGCUGCCUCAUUCAACACACGCCUGGUGGCCGAAAGGAAAAUGAGGCUACCGUUCUUGGACUCGCAGACCGGGGUCGCACAGAACAACUGCUUCCUCUGGAUGCAGAAGAGGCACCGCUUUCCCGGCCGCCACGAGGGCCAGCUCUACACCUACCCGUCCAGGAGAUGGAGGAAGAAGAGGAAACCCCAUCAUGCACCUCUGGCCGACUCCAGCAACUUGUACGACCCAGUCCCACAGGGUGAGGCAGAUGGGAUUGAAGUCCCCGAAACUGUACAAGGCGUGUUAAGCGAGACGGAUCAGCAUCCCGAGGCAUCCAGCAUGUCCUUGGCAGACAGGGAGCAAGAAGAGCUGUUCCGCGAGAUGGAGGCUGUGGACGACAUCCCAGAUGCCGGAGAGAUUGAGAGAAACCACUCGGACGAGAGCGACGAAGAUUUUGAGGUCUCCGCACGCAAGAGACGAGGGCGUAAGGGUCGAGGAGGUGGUCGGAAGAAGGCAGCUCCAGUAGACACGGAGAUGCCCACCUUGCAAGCUGAGGAUAAGGAGAAACCGUUUGGCUGCAAAGUGUGCGGCAAACGCUACAAGAACAGGCCCGGCUUGAGUUAUCACAUGAGCCACUACCAUCAGGAUGUAGAGGCAGGCUCGGACGAGCAGUCCCAACCCUCCCCGUUGGAGCCCACCGAGCCACCCAAGAAGAAAAUGAUCAAGGGGAUUGCUGAGCCCAACAACUACUGUGACUUCUGCCUGGGGGACACCUAUAGGAACAAAGAGGGCACCCAGGAGGAACUGGUAUCCUGCGCAGACUGUGGCAGAUCAGGCCAUCCGUCCUGCCUCCAAUUCACUGAAAACAUCACGGCCAAAGUCAAGAGCUACCGUUGGCAGUGCAUUGAAUGCAAGUCCUGCGGCUUGUGCGGUACAUCAGAUAAUGAUGAUCAGCUGCUGUUUUGUGACGACUGCGAUCGAGGCUACCACAUGUACUGCCUCAAACCCCCCAUGUCCGCCCCACCAGAAGGAUCCUGGAUAUGUGAUCUGUGCGUGACACCACCGCCGGCACCCCAGCCUCCACAGACUGAAGCCAGCCAGCCGCCCAACCCAGAAGAGACUAGCAUGAUGAACUAGUAUCUGAGUAUUCAAGCCGGUUCAGUAUCUCGAUGAACUAGUCCAAGUCAAAGGUCAUUCAGGAUAAGGUUAUUUGCGAUGUUACGUGAUGGUACUCGAUUUGCCCAUUCUGCCCGUAAUUAACGUGCGAGUUUCGUGCGAUCAUCUCCUUGCGCGUUCACGCACCUUAGAGGAGCGUUCGAUUUCGAAUGACCAGUGACCUAGAUCGCAGUUGAAAUACCGAACUGGCCUAUUUACACAGGGUGCUGUCUAUACUGCGUCUAGCAGUUACCAGUUUGUAAAUUCCCCUGUAUACAUCAAGAUGUGAUGGUGUUCAGUUUGGGAUAUAAUCGCAGCAGAUGAAUGUACACAGAUCUGUAGGGGGGAUGUUGGCAGGGGUAACCAAAUAUGCAAUCUGCAGUUGUUCAUGUUAUGGGCUCUGUGCGCCAACAGGAGAGGGCGCUUUUUAACACUUUAGGGAGCCCCAUGGACGGGACACACCACACGCGCG